AUGCAUGACAAGUUAGGCGUUCAAGUUAUCUUCUCUCUCUCUCUCUCUCUCUCUCCCUCUCUGCUUCCUCACUCUCUCCCCUUCUCUCUCUUCUUCUUUUCCUCUCUCCCUCUUCAUCUGUCUCCUCAUUUCCUCUCUCUCUCUCUCCCUAUUUCUCCCGCUAUUCUCUUCCAUCUCUCUUAUAUAUCUCACCAACUCUCCUCACGCUCUUCCCUUAUCUCCUUUCCUCUCUCUCUCUCUCUCUCUCUCUCUCUCUCUUUUAUUCUGCUCUCUCUCUCUCUCUCUCUUUCCAUUUCUCUCUACUCUCUUCUUCUCCCUCACUUCCAUCUAUCCCCUUCUCUCUCCAACUCUCCCUCUCGUCUCUAUCUUCUUCUCUGUCCUCUAUUCCUCUCUCUUUCCAUUUAUCUUCCCUCUCUUCUUUUCCUUCUGUUUCAUCUCUCUCUCCACUCUCUUCCCUUCUCUCUCUUCCUCUCUCUACAAUCUAACCUUCUCUCUUUCUCUCUCUCUCUCUAUUUCCCUCCUCCUAUCUUCUACAUCUUCUUCCAUCUUUCUCUCUCUCUCUCUAACACAUACCUUUUCUCUCUUACUUUCUUUCACUCGCCUAAGUGUUCCAACUUGUAA